AAAAAUGGCGCGCGGAGAUCACGCCUGUCUUCGGGCGAGCGGUGCGUCAGGAGCGGCGAAGGUGACGCAGCGGCGUCGCUAUGACAACGGAAAACGACGCAGCUGGCUUAUAGCUAACCUGUUGAUACCAACGGAACCUUCCCUCUCAUGGCGGGUUCACCUUCCUUUCAUCACAUUGAUGCACCACCCCCCAAGACAGUCAGCAUCACUGUGCUGGAUGGUCACAACUUGAAAGGCAUCAAAGGAGAUAGUCCAGUUACGUACGUGCAUAUUGAGUACAAUGGCUACUUCCUGGGUGACUCCCCCAAAAUGGAUGCAUCUGCAGAAGGAAACGUGAGGUAUAAUUUCACCACCUCUUUUGAGUGCCAUCCUGAUGGGUUUCACGGUUUGGACGAUCUUGCCCAUAAACCUGUGUUAUUCACUGUGAUCGAAGUCUUACCAAAGGAGAAGAAGCAAAAAGAAGAGAAGGUUGUGUCUCUCGGACAGGCCGUGGCAGACCUCCUCCCUCUCCUGCAAGGAUUGUGUACAUUUAAUGCAACGCUUCCCCUGUAUCCAUUGCCUGGUUCUCCUCUGGAGGCCCUCCGACCAGAAACCAAGUGUUCCAUCGAUGUCUCAGUAUCUGUCCAGGAGAGCCUAUUGUCUCCAGCGCAGCUGUCCGAAGGCAAUCUCUUGAGAGUGACUGUGGAAGUUGCCUAUUCUGUCCCUGAGUCAUUUAUCCCCACAGGGCCCCAAUAUAAUUACAUGGUUGGCUUUCAGGUGCCAGCAGUUGGUGAG